AUGCCCUCAGCGACUCCCAUUUUACCUCGUCAGCAAACGGCCAUCGUGGCCGAGGCAGCUGGCAAGCUACGCAUUCAACACAAUGUCACGGUACCAUCCCCGGGGCCCAUGGUGGCCAUCGUGAAGACAGCUGCCGUUGCCAUCAACCCAGUCGAUGCAAAAAUGCUCGAUUAUAGCCCCGUGCCAGGGGCAGUCCACGGCUAUGAUUUUGCAGGAACCAUCGUUUCAAUGGGGCCGAAUACGCCCGCACAUCUACGGAUCGGGGAUCGCGUUGCGGGCUGGGUUCAUGGCAUGAACGCUGUUGAACCGAACGUGGGUGCUUUCGCUGAGUACGUGGCGUCGCCCGCAGACCUGAUUCUUCGGAUACCGGACGAAAUGUCGUUCAACGAUGCUGCCUCCAUUGGUCUAGGACUUUUCACUGCUGGGCUGGGCCUUUUCCACGAGUUGAAGGUGCCAGGAUCGCUCAGUGACCCUGAUGGCUUGGAGAUCGCGGAGGACGAGCGCUUCGUCUUGGUUGCCGGUGGCAGCACCGCUACGGGCACACGUGCCAUCCAGCUACUAAGGCUUGCUGGUCUUCGUCCUAUCGCUACCUGCUCCAAGGCAAAUAUGGAUCUGGUCCACCGCUUCGGUGCCGAGCACGCCUUUGACUAUAGUGACCCUGAAUGCGCGGCUGAGAUACGCCGGUACACUGGCGGGACGCUGGCGUAUGCGUUGGACUGCGUGGCCAUGGCUGACACGACGCAGCUCUGUUAUAAUGCCAUGGGCCGUGCUGGUGGUCGCUACGUUACUCUCGAGCCGUUCCGCAGUGCUAUCGCGGAGACGAGGCCCCUUACCAUUGAGCCGUCGUGGCUUCUAGCAUUGACCGUGUUCGGACGCAAGGUGGAUAUUGAUGGAGAGUACUCUCGGGAUGCACGACCAGAUGAUCAUAAAUUUGCGGUGGAGUUGACGGUAAGUGUGCAGGCGUUGCUGGACCAGGGUUAUGAACGGGGGUGGGAUGGCGUAAAGGAGGGCGUGGAUACAAUUCGUACCCAGGCCAUGUCUGGGCAGAAGCUAGUGUACCCAGUAUGA